CCCUAGGCCCCCCAUUCUUUCCCUCCCUCCUCUCUCUCUCUCUCUCUCUCUCUCUCUCCCUCUUGAUUUCUCUCUCUACAUUUUUGUACCUGCUCUCUCUCUCUCUGUCAUUUCCUAGGGUUUUUGGGAACUCGCUGCUGCUAUGGAGCUUGUACCUCUCUCUGUUUUCUCGGGGCUUUGUUGAUUUCAGGUCCUAAUAGUGGUUGUUUCUUUAAGUUAUUUGGUUGGGAACUGAAUAUCUGUUGAGGAGAAGGUGAAAGGGGGGGAAUUUGACCAAAGGGAUAAAUUUGAAGGAAAUUAGGGGAUUUCGAAGGAAAUAAAAUGGGGAAAGUGUCUCCCAAAGAGAGGCAAUCGAAGACUCCUAAACAGAAAAGGCGGAUUCGAAACUCAAGCUACAAGUAUCUGAAGCCAGGUGCUCUUGCUCAGCUUCGAUACAAUAAAGCAUCCACCGCCAAAUCCUGUACAGAUCUUGGGAAGAAAAGGGUGGCAGUGUUGGAUGCCACUAAGACAGGCAAUGAUGUAGUACUUCAAAAUAAUGGUAUUCAUGGGAGCCCUUCAAUGUUAUCACCUGAAAGGUUUGAGUUUAGUCCUGUGGUUGGAGCUGCAGAUAUUUUUAACAAGAAUAAUUUGCUGAGAACACCAAAAACCCCUUCUGCUGAAGUAUUUGAAUUUGAGUCGAGGCUCGAGUCUCUUCCAAUGGAUUUGCUGGUCAAAAUACUCUGCCACCUGCACCAUGAUCAACUCAGAGCAGUUUUCCAUGUCUCUCAGAGGAUUAGAAAGGCUGUUGUGAUUGCUAGGCAGUUCCACUUCAAUUACACCACUCCAGAUAGGUCUCGACAAGAGAUGUUAAGGACAAUGACUCCACUCCCCACAGAACACUGGCCAUUUGUAAGCAAGGGAAACGGAAAGGGUAUUUGGAUUUCUAGCCCACAUACCCCUAAAGCACCGAGGCAUGGUCCCCGCCCACCUCUUCGUCUCAAGUGCCCGGAGAUGCGCCAAAUUGCUGCUGUUCUUUUCCAGGAGUCAGUCUUCCCUUCUAGGUGUAUUGUCCCCUCAGUUUUACCAAAGCCCCUAUGCAAAUCUUUGGCUUCCAAUCGAGUUUUAUUCUAUGAAGAUGAGCUAUGCCAGGCUGUUGCUCAGAAUAAACUUCGUUGAUUUUUCGAGAGUGGUUUAUUUCUUAUCCUUCUCUGUUUCUUUUUUCCUAUAUAUGUAUAUAGUUUGUGUUCUAUAUAUCUCUGGUAGUAGUUGGAGUAGACAGGAUGCAAUUGUAGUUUUGAUGGGGGCAGUUAUACUAGGUGUCUAUGGAGAUUUCAGGGUUUGCAUUAGAAAUUGGAAGAUUGGGCUAGUGUUAUUCAAAUAAUUUUAUUCAAAGUCGUUACUUGUAUAUAGUUAGUUAAAUAUAUUUGUCUAGUUUUAAGAAACGGUUGCCUGUUUGAUGGGAAAAUUAGUUCUAGUGUCUGUUUGGUUUAUUUAUUUCUAUAUCUGUUACAGCACUUUGGGCAUUGUUUGUGAUGUAUCUUUCGGAAAUGGUUUCUCCAUAAUACUAUCCCUAUGUUUUUUCUUACUUCA